AUGGUCAAACUUGAGCCAGAUAUGCCGACCCCGGACUCGCCUGAGUUGGAAACUCUGACCUUCGAGCCACCUGGAAUCAAAGCAACCUUUCAAGGAAUCGUUGUUCCAAGUAGGACCGUGGUCAAGAAUGAAAUCAACACAAACUCGGCAGAAGUUAGUGACUACGAGACACCCGAGACAAGUGAGGCCGCCACACCUGCUGAGAUCAAGCUUGAUUACAAGGCCACCAGGAUCAGUGCAACUGAUAGAGUGAAGGAAUUGCAGAGAUCCAAGAAGCGAGGUCGACCCUCAAGACCAAUAAACAUCAGUGACUCGGAGGACUUGGACUUGCGUCUCGACGAUGCAAAAUUCGCUGCUCAGAUACAGGCGGAAGAGUGGGAUCUAUCAGACGAAGCACCACCCACAAAGCGUCUCAAGCCUGGUCGCAGGUCAAUGCAGGAGCUUGACGAAUCUGACACGACUGAGAGCGAGUACGAUUUCAUGCCGUCGAAGCUCAAGUCACGCAAGCACAAGGGUAAGGCCAAGGCCAAGGCAAUACAAAUCGACAGCGACGAUAACGUGCCCUUGCUCCAUCACCGCUCAAAACCCAAAGCUCUUCCAUCAUCAGCUCCUCCACGUACGUUCCUUGUCGAUAGCGACGGCUCUGAACUUAGUGAUCCCGAGGAUGUUUCUGAUUUUGAUGACGAUGUCACCUCUACUAUUGCUGAUACUAGUGAUAACAGCAUUGAAGAUGUCGCCGUUGUCCCUCAGUCUCAAUCCUUCCGCGCAGGUGAGAGCUGGCAGGAACGAAGAGCCAGACUAUACGACGAAAAGCGUCUGAAGCGAGCGAAAAGAGAGAGAACUCGACUCGAAACUCAGCAUCCCGAAAUCAAGACCAUGUGGAAAGACCUCGAGAAUGAUCCUCCAAUAACACCUGUUACAGCUGAGCAACCCAUUCAUAUCAACAGAAAGCUGAAGCCUUUCCAAUUGCAAGGGCUCGAUUGGAUGCAGAAACAGGAGCAGACUCAUUACAAAGGUGGCCUGCUUGGUGACGAGAUGGGUAUGGGCAAGACCAUUCAAGCCUGCUCUCUCAUCAUGUCAGACUUUCCUGCUAAGCAGCCUACACUGGUCGUUGUUCCACCUGUCGCCCUCAUGCAGUGGCAAUCAGAAAUCACUGAUUACACUAGUGGUGCUCUCAAUGUUCUGGUUUACCAUAUCUCUGCUAAUCCAAAGUGCAAGCUUCUGUCCAAGAAGGAUUUGCAAAAGUACAAUGUCAUAAUGAUCUCUUACUCAGGCCUCGAGUCCAUCUAUCGAAAAGAAAACAAAGGCUGGGCGCGUGGUAGCGGCAUCGUCAAAGAGGACAGCAUCAUUCAUGCCAUCAAGUAUCAUCGAGUCAUCCUUGACGAGGCUCACAGCAUUAAGCAGAGAACAGCCGGUGUUGCCAAAGCUUGUUUCGCUCUCAAAGCCAACUACAAAUGGUGUCUGUCUGGCACGCCUGUCCAAAACAGAAUCGGCGAAUUCUUCUCACUGCUCCGCUUCUUGAACGUCCGACCGUUUGCAUGCUACUUCUGCAAGCAAUGUCCAUGUGCUGAGUUGCAUUGGGAACAAGAUCAGCAGAAGGUCUGCGUCAAGUGCAAGCACAGCGGCUUUAACCAUGUCUCUGUGUUCAACCAGGAAAUCCUCAACCCUAUCACUGGAGGUGCUGAUGAUGAGAUUCGCCAGGCAGGAUUUCACAAGCUACGCCUGAUUACAGAUCGCAUCAUGCUUCGACGACUCAAGCGUGAUCAUACUUCCUCCAUGGAGCUACCACCCAAAGAAGUUAUCAUUCACAACGAGUUCUUUGGUGAAGUCGAACGAGACUUCUCCACGUCCAUCAUGUCCAACUCGGCCCGCAAAUUCGAUACCUAUGUCGCACAAGGUGUUAUGCUCAACAACUACGCCAACAUCUUCGGCUUGAUCAUGCAAAUGAGACAGGUCGCGGAUCAUCCUGACUUGCUUCUUCGACGACAUGCUGAGGGAGGUCAGAACAUUCUGGUAUGCUGCAUCUGUGAUGAGCCAGCAGAAGAGGCUAUCAGAUCGAAAUGUCGACAUGAAUUUUGUCGUCAAUGUGCAAAGACAUACAUCCAGUCCUUCCAGGACGCCGACGCUGAUUGUCCCACUUGUCACAUUCCACUAGCCAUUGAUUGGGAGCAACCAGACAUUGAACAGGACGAGGAGAACGUCAAGAAGAACAGUAUUAUCAACCGAAUCAAGAUGGAGAAUUGGACCAGCAGUACCAAGAUCGAGAUGCUCGUCUAUGAUCUUUACAAACUCCGAAGCAAGAAACAAACCCACAAGAGUAUCGUCUUCUCUCAGUUCACCUCUAUGCUGCAGCUCGUCCAGUGGAGACUACAGAAGUCCGGCUUCUCUACUGUUCUUCUCGACGGCAGUAUGACCCCAGCCCAACGACAAAAAAGCAUCGAACACUUCAUGACCAAUGUCGACGUUGAAGUCUUCUUGGUGUCUCUCAAAGCUGGUGGUGUAGCUCUCAAUCUCACUGAAGCCUCCCGGGUAUUCAUCAUUGAUCCUUGGUGGAAUCCAGCUGCAGAGUGGCAGUCGGCUGACAGAUGUCACAGAAUUGGUCAACGACGACCUUGUGUGAUUACGAGACUUUGCAUCGAGGACUCGGUGGAGAGCCGUAUCGUGCUUUUGCAGGAAAAGAAAGCCAACCUCAUCAACGGCACCAUUAAUAACGACAAGGUCGCUAUGGAGAAGUUGACACCUGAAGAUAUGCAAUUCUUGUUCCGUGGUUCUUGA